GUCUUCAUUAACACUGCAAUGAGCUGGAUGGACGCCCAGAGCUACUGCAGAGAACACUUUACAGACCUGGCCAUUCCUAGAAACCUGUCAGAGAACGAGAAGAUAAGGGCAGUGAUCCCUGCAGGCGGUUACGUCUCUAUGGGCCUUUUCAGAAUAACCUGGAAGUGGUCGGGCGGACCUAUGUAUGUGUUUCGAAGCUGGAUGUUUGCCGAACCUGAUGGGGGGGUACAGAAAUGUGCAGCUGCAAAAUUUGAUCAAUCUGGUAAUUGGGGAGACUGGCCAUGUGAUGUCAAGAAGUCCUUUGUCUGCCACCAUGACUCUGUGCCUUUCACAAAGCAAGUAGUGAAAGUGAAGCUGGUGGGAAACUCUGCUCUGGAUCUGAAUGACCCUGCUGUCCUGGAAAACCUGCAGGAGGAGCUCAAACAGAAGAUAAGGGAGCAGGGCGUGGAUGCAGAAAUCAGGCUGAGCUGGAAGAAACAAGUGGAUGGAAAGAUCUUCUACAAGGAGAAGGAGGAGGACCAAAAGUGACACGAAGACAUGUUGAUGAGAAGCUGUUCAGUUA